GCAUUUACCUCGACUUUUCUCCGAAGCGAAACUGUCGAUCCCGAACCCGCAAGGAUCAGUCGACUGUGUAACGAGACGCGUGAAAUGUGAUUUACAUAUACCUUGUACGUAUUUUUGAAGGAAAGAUGUUUUGUGCCAAGAAUCCUAAAGUCCUCGACGACAAAAGAAAGAUCACCAUUUGGCCGCAAUGGCUAGCUGCUCUCACGAUCAGUCUAGAAGCCAUCGUUAGCGGUCUGGCAACUGGUUGGGCAUCACCGUAUUUAGCACAACUAACAUCAGCGGAGGCGGAUAUUCCUUUGAAACUGACCGAUACCGAGGCAUCUUGGGUGGCAUCCCUUUUGAACCUCGGACGUCUAUUUGGAGCGCUUCUCGGUGCUUUUUGCCAAGAGUAUGUCGGACGAAAAAGGACGCUCUUGUUAUCGGGCUUGCCGUUGAUCUCCAGCUGGAUCUUCAACAUCUGCGCCACGUCGGUCACGUCGCUCUACCUUUCCAGAUUCUGUUCCGGAGUCGGAUCGGGCAUAUUGUGGCCCGCGAUGCCCUUGUAUCUUGGCGAGGUCGCUGACCCUGCCAUACGUGGCUCUCUGAUAUCUAUGAAUGUAAACGUAGCAUCCGUGGGUACUUUCCUGGCCACCGUGAUGGGCCCUUAUCUGUCUAUGGAAAUGUUCGCCUACGUGAGCCUCGUGCCGAACAUCCUCUUUGUGGCCCUCUUCAGUUUGAUACCCGAGUCGCCCUAUCAUUACGCUCUUCACGGUGAUAUCGAUGAGGCCGAGGCAUCUCUCAAGUGGUUCCGACGAGAAGCUGACGUCAAGGCCGAGCUGCAGCAGCUCCAGGACUUUGUUAACGGCGCCAGCGUCAGUAUUCUGACGAAGCUUAAAGACUUCCUAUUACCAGAAAAUUUUAAAAAAAUCCUAAUCCUGUUCGGGUUGAACGUCUUCGUUUACACGAGCGCGUACAACACGAUGACUUCUUAUGCGGAGAUCGUCGUGACCAAUUCCGGGGUAAGCAUCACCCCGUCGAUCGUGGUGAUGGCGUUGAGUUUCUCCACGAUUGUGGCCGGUUCCACCGCGGUUCUGCUGGUGGAUACUCUCGGCCGGAAGAAUCUGCUGAUCGUUUCCUGCGUCGGCGUCUUCGUUUCGCUCGUCGCUCUCGGUCUGCACUUUCAUCUUCUUUCCCUGAACUUCGAUCCCGAAAAGUUGACGUGGUUGCCGAUCACAUCCCUGCUUUCGUUCAAUCUCUUCGUAUCCUACGGCUUGAUCCCGGUACCCGGGACUCUUCUGGGAGAGAUGUUUCCGGCGAAUCUCAAGACUCUGGCGUCUCUUUGCAUCGCCUCGGGAAAUGCCACAUUAUCCUUCCUAUUCGCCAGGACAUUUCAGCCUUUCAUCGCUGCGGCUGGGGAAAAAGUCGUCUUCUGGAGCUACGGGUUUGUCGUUCUUACAGCGGUGCCCUAUAUAUGGUACUUGAUCCCGGAGACGAAGGGCAAGAGCUUGCUGGAGAUCCAGCAGUCCGUUAAGCAAUAAAAAUCUCGAAAAUUAUCGAGCUCGACUUUGAUGAAAAGUUCAAUUGAUUCUCAUUGAAAAGAGAUAAUCAAUCUCGAUACUUAUCAAAGGAGCUAUAUAAUUAGAAAAAAGUAUACCAAGUUAAGUUAGUAAAUUUCAUAUAAAUUAAUGUUCCAAUUAUAGCAUAGAAAAUUUAU